AUGGCUCUUAAGAGAGACAACGUGGUUGUGUCAAAUAUGGAGCUUGAGAGACUUCUUAGCAUGAAAGGAGGAAAAGGUGAAGGCAGCUACGCCAAUAACUCACAAGCUCAGGCUAUUCAUGCUCGUUCCAUGCUUCAUCUUCUAAAAGAAACCCUAGACAGGGUUCAAUUGAACAAUCCUGAUAUUCCCUUUGUGGUUGUGGACUUGGGCUGCUCCUGUGGCAACAACACCAUCUAUGUGGUGGACGUCAUCAUCAACCACAUCAUUAAGCGCUAUGAGACCUUAGGCCUCGACCCGCCGGAGUUUUCAGCUUUCUUCUCUGAUCUUCCCAGCAAUGACUUCAACACUCUCUUCCAGCUGCUUCCUCCUAUGCUUACCACCAAUUAUGGUGUCAGCAUGGAGGAAUGCCUCGCCGCCAACAACCACCGCUCCUACUUUGCUGCUGGAGUCCCCGGCUCCUUCUACCGGAGGCUGUUUCCAAUGAGGUCCAUUGAUGUUUUUCACUCUGCCUUCUCUUUGCAUUGGCUGUCUCAGGUGCCUCAGAGUGUGUUGGACAAAAGAGGAAGUGGAUACAACAAAGGAAGAGUGUUCAUACACGGAGCAGGUGAGAGCACAACGAAUGCAUAUAGGAAACAGUUUCAGACAGAUCUGGCUGCUUUCCUGAGGGCAAGAGCCCAGGAGAUGAAGAAGGGUGGGUCCAUGUUCUUGGUUUGCCUUGGUCGGACCUCCCUGGACCCCACCGACCAAGGUGGGGCCGGCCUCCUCUUUGGGACCCACUUUCAGGACGCUUGGGAUGAUCUGAUCCAACAGGGGCUGAUUAGCAGUGAGCAAAGAGAUAAUUUCAAUAUCCCAAUUUAUGCACCAAGCCUGCAAGACUUCAAAGAAGUGGUGGAAGAAGAUGGCUCAUUCGCUAUAAACAAGCUUGAGGUGUUCAAAGGAGGAAGCCCUCUUGUGGUGAACCAACCAGAUGAUGCAACUGAAGUCGGGAGAGCUCUGGCAAACAGUUGCCGAAGCGUGUCUGGCGUCCUCGUGGAUGCCCACAUCGGCGACAAACUUAGUGAGAAGCUGUACCUUAGAGUGGAGCAACGAGCAACAGCUCAUGCCAAAGAACUAUUAGAGCAACUUCAGUUCUUUCACAUAGUUGCAUCCCUUUCUUUUCCAUCAUGA